CCCGGAUAACAGAAUGGACGCGGUUGGAAAUGACGUUCCAACAUUUACUGGUCUGUUUAAGGAUGCUUCUGCUGAAGAAUUAGCACGUCCAGUACGAACUAUUGAGGAAAAAUGGAAGCUUGUACCAGCGUUUCUCAAGGUCAAGGGUUUAGUCAAGCAGCACAUUGACUCAUUUAAUUACUUUGUCAACGUUGAGAUUAAGAAAAUAGUAGCUGCCAAUGCCAAGAUCACAAGUGAAGCUGAUCCAAACUUUUACCUAAAAUACUUGAACGUGUACGUUGGGAAGCCGGAUGUAGAGGAAGCUUUCAACAUCACCAAACCUGUUUCUCCGCACGAGUGUCGGCUGCGUGACAUGACCUACUCUGCUCCAAUCACUGUUGACAUCGAAUACACCAGAGGAACUCAGAGGAUUGUUAGGAAGGCAUUACCGAUAGGCAGAAUGCCAAUCAUGCUUAGAAGCUGCAAAUGUGUGUUAACUGGUAAGUCUCAUGCUGAAAUGGCCAAGUUGAAUGAAUGCCCUUUAGAUCCAGGAGGCUACUUUGUCAUAAGGGGCGUUGAACGAGUAGCACUAAUUCAAGAACAGAUGUCAAAGAAUAGAAUGAUCGUUGAGGAGGACAGAAAGGGACACGUGACAUGCCAAGUAACCAGCUCUACUCAUGAGCGAAAGAGCAGAACGAAUGUUGUUACCAAGCACAACAAAUUCUAUGUCAACCACAAUUCAUUUACGGAGGAUAUUCCAGUUGUUGUUCUCUUUAAAGCGAUGGGAAUUCAGAGCGAUCAGGAGAUUUGCCAAAUGAUUGGCGUGGAGGAGUCUGUUCUCACAUCUGUUGCUCCUUCGUUGGAAGAAUGUGCCAACUUGCACAUUUUCACUCAACUUCAAGCUUUAGAGUAUGUUGGCAAUCGUCUCAGGCAGCGUAGAAUGGCAAUGCGUAAAAGCAAGAUCGAAGAGACACGCGACGUAUUGGCCGAAGUUGUGCUUGCUCAUGUUCCUGUACACUGUUACAACUUUCGUAGCAAGUGUGUUUAUCUUUCAUUGAUGAUCAGGCGGAUAAUCCUUAUUCAAGAUGGUGGUAUUGCAAUCGACGAUCGAGACUACUAUGGAAAUAAGCGUUUGGAGUUGGCUGGCCAGUUACUGGCAUUGCUUUUUGAGGAUCUCUUGAAGCGGUAUAAUUCGGAGUUGAAGGCAAUAGCAGACAAAAAUAUUCCAAGACCUCGUGCUGCACAGUUUGAUGUUGUGAAGCACAUGCGUCAGGAUCAGAUCACGAAUGGCUUAGUGACAGCUAUGGCAACGGGAAACUGGACUGUGAAGAGAUUUAAGAUGGAAAGACUUGGUGUUACUCAGGUUUUGUCUCGGCUGUCUUACAUUUCAGCUCUAGGCAUGAUGACUCGGAUAUCUAGUCAAUUUGAAAAAACACGUAAAGUGAGUGGACCUCGUUCCUUGCAGCCAUCACAGUGGGGUAUGCUCUGUCCAUCAGAUACACCAGAGGGAGAGGCUUGUGGUUUGGUGAAGAAUUUGGCAUUGAUGACUCACAUUACAACAGACCAGGAGGAGGAGCCGAUCAUGCGAUUGGCUUUCAAUCUGGGAGUCGAAAGCAUUCGCCUUCUGUCUGGCGAGGAAUUUCACUUACCCAACGUUUACAUUGUCUUCCUCAAUGGUAAUGUACUUGGUGUGACGAGAAAAUAUAAAGAACUAGUCCGAACGUUUAGAAGCAUGAGAAGAGCCGGUUUCAUCAGCGAGUUUGUCUCGGUGUCUCUCAAUCGGACUCACCGUUGUGUCAAUCUGGCAUCCGAUGGUGGGCGAGUGUGCAGACCAUAUAUUAUUGUGAAGAAAGGACGGUCUCAAGUGACAAGUCAGCACAUAGAGCGCCUGUGCAAAGGGAUUAUGGGUUUUGAAGAUUUUCUUCAUGGAGGUCUUGUGGAGUACUUGGAUGUAAACGAAGAGAGUGACAGUGAAAUUGCACUUUAUGAGAAAGACAUUAGAUUAGAGACAACUCAUUUGGAGAUUGAGCCGUUCACCAUACUCGGUGUGUGUGCGGGUCUUAUACCUUACCCACAUCACAACCAGUCGCCAAGGAAUACGUAUCAAUGUGCAAUGGGUAAACAAGCUAUGGGCACUAUUGCGUACAACCAGCAGAAUCGAAUUGAUACUUUAAUGUAUCUAAUAGUUUAUCCUCAAGUUCCACUGGUGAAAACAAAGGUGAUAGACCUGAUUCAUUACGACAAACUGCCGGCUGGUCAGAAUGCAAGUAUAGCUGUAAUGAGCUUUUCUGGGUAUGACAUUGAGGAUGCUCUCAUUUUAAACAAAGCCUCUUUAGACAGAGGAUUUGGUCGUUGCCUUGUGUACCGGAAACAGAACUGCAGCUUGAAACGUUAUCCCAACCAGACUUUCGAUAGAAUCAUGGGCCCGUCUUGUGAUGCCAAAACAGGCAACCCUGUUUGGAAACAUGCUGCUCUAGACAGAGAUGGCAUAGUCGCUCCAGGCGAAUGUGUGAAAAACAAACAAGUUCUUGUCAAUAAAUCUGUUCCAACAGUAACGUCAGGAGCCAUGAAAACAGUAGCUGAUCAGCAAGGUGGCAUACAAUUCAAAGAUGUGCCCAUAACGUACAAAGGACCGGUUGAUGCUCACAUAGAAAAAGUUUUGAUAUCUUCAAAUGCGGAGGAAUCGUAUCUGAUCAAGUGCUUGAUUCGUCAGACGAGAAGACCAGAAAUAGGCGAUAAAUUCAGCAGUCGACACGGUCAAAAGGGUGUAUGUGGAUUGGUUGUCAAUCAGGAGGACAUGCCUUUCACUGACAUGGGUAUUUGUCCUGACUUGGUCAUGAAUCCUCACGGGUUUCCAUCUCGUAUGACUGUGGGAAAAUUGAUUGAACUAAUUGCUGGCAAAGCAGGUGUUCUGGAUGGCAAGUUUAAUGAGGGAACGGCAUUUGGUGGAACAACAAUUGAGGACGUUUGUAAGGAUCUCGUACAGCAUGGCUACAACUAUGAAGGCAAAGAUUAUGUCACGUCAGGAAUUACAGGAGAGCCACUGAGUGCAUACAUUUUCUGUGGUCCGGUUUACUAUCAGAAACUGAAACACAUGGUUGUGGACAAAAUGCAUGCUAGAGCUAAAGGACCUCGAGCUGUGUUGACCAGACAACCAACAGAAGGGAGAUCAAGGGAUGGAGGUUUGCGUCUCGGUGAGAUGGAGCGUGACUGUCUAAUCGGUUACGGUGCCAGCAUGCUACUUAUUGAACGCUUGAUGAUCUCCAGCGACCAGUUUGAUGUGGAUGUUUGCGACAACUGUGGCUUGCUCGGUUAUUCUGGCUGGUGCCAGUUUUGCAAAUCGUCUCGAAACGUUUCGUCUAUAAAAAUUCCUUAUGCGUGUAAACUGCUGUUUCAAGAGCUACAAUCGAUGAAUGUAGUUGUACGGCUGUCUUUGAAGGAUUUAUGUGACUAGUAUUUACGCUAUGCUAGAGAAAACGUUACUUGUAAUUUACUGUUAUAUACUGAGAUAGACAUAUACGCAGACACAUGAGUUGUUUGCUACAACACUGUUUCCCCAAGAGGUUGUCUUGUGGUAUGGUUUGGGUAAGGCAAAGACGACCCUGCAAUGCAUUAAAUACAAAAGG